UCUUCUCGUCUUAUGGUGUUUUCUUGUGACUUUUGUUUUCAGGGUCAGAAAACCUACCAAGUUUGGUAGACUGAAAUAGUAUCUUUGGGGGUUUGUUAAAGUGAUAUGGCGAAAAUCAGUGACUUGUCAGAUGAAUUGCUGGUGAAAAUAUUGUCGUUUCUUCCAACACAAGUUGCCGUAUCCACUAGCGUUUUGUCGAAACAAUGGAUGUUUAUUUGGAUGUGGUUGCCUAAACUCGAGUUCGGCUUUAGAGUUCGUUCAAGGUAUGCAUGCCUGAGGGAUUUUAUUGACAAGAAUCUGCCAUUACACAAAGCUCCGAUCAUAGAAAGCCUGUGCCUUAGCUCUUUUUGUGGAUUACUUCAACCUGAGGAUUUGAAAUCGUGGGUUGGAAUUGCAGUUUCUCGCUACGUGCGUGAGCUAAGUAUUAACUAUUCCUCUUAUGACCGAUCUGUUGCAUUAUUGCCGUGUAGUUUGUAUAGAUGCAAAUCGCUUGUGACUUUGAAACUUAUAGGCAAGAAGAUUCUUGUGGACGUUCCUCCAACGGUUUGUCUCCCUUCCUUGAAAACUUUGCGGCUUGAUAGUGUGACAUACUCAAAAGACGAGUCUCUUCGUCUGCUUCUAUCAUGUUGCCCUGUUCUCGAUGAUCUGUUUAUUGACCAAGACUACUUCAAGUUAGUUAAUAUUCCUCAAAAUGUGUCAUGUAGUUUGUAUUCAUGGAAAUCGCUCGUGACUUUGAAACUCCAUGGCGAGAUUCUUGUUGAUGUUCCUCCAACGGUUUGUCUCCCUUCCUUGAAAACCUUGCAACUUCUAUGUGUGAUAUAUUUGAAUGAAGAAUCUCUUGGACUGCUUCUAUCCUGUUGCGCUGUUCUGGAAGAUCUUAGUAUUGAACGAGGCUGUAAUGACAAUGUGAAAGCGUUAGUUGUUGUUGUCCCGUCCUUGCAGCGUUUAACUUUAACUAUAGAACAAGGAUGUUCUGCUGAUGGGUAUGUGAUAGUUACCCCUUCUUUGAAGUAUUUCAGACUUGUGGAUAACAGAAAUGAAAGCUCUAUUGAGCACAUGCAUAUGCCAGAGCUCGAAGAGGCAGAUAUCAGUCUAAUGGAGGAUAUUGCGAAAGAUAUUGAAAUGCUUUUCAAAUCAAUCACAACUGUCAAACGUCUAUCAUUAAAAAUGUCAUUCAACGGUGGAAAUGAGACUGUGCAUCGUGAUGGUAUUGUCUUCAGUCAGCUUGAAGAUUUGAAGCUAUAUAUACGCAGCGACAAUUGGUCUAAGUUACUUGUCCACUUGCUCAAACAUUCUCCUAACCUGCAAAUCCUCAAUCUCUUGCUCGAUUAUCCUGUAAGUGUUUCUUCGUCAACUACUUUGCGGUAAAGGUCAGCAUGGUGUAUUGGUGUAAUUUUAACUCUUCUUUUUUUUCAGUUCAUUGGAGAUUAUACGAAUUAUGAACCGGUUAGGUGAAUAAUCAGAGCUCAGUUCCUAAAUGUUUCUUGAAUAGUCUUGAGACUUUCAAGUUUGAAGGGUACAACAGUGGGGAAGCAGAAGACAGGGAUUUCUUGAGUUUUAUCUUCAAACAUGCUCGUUGCUUGAAAUCUACAUCAGUCGUGCACGUAUGAUUUUAUGUUCCACAAUUGAAACUUGAAAAUGAUCUAAGAAUCGUCGUAUUAUGGGUUUCGUAUUUGUUUUGUUAUCGAAGAACAAUUAGGUUUUUUAUUUGUAUUUGGAACUUGUUUUUGAACAAAACUUGUGCCUUAUUAUUUGGUUAAUUAUUAUAUCGUCUGGUUAUGUCAUA